AUGCCGACGAGUGUGGCAUAUUCUGAAACUAGAACCCUGGAUGGCCGCGCCCUGAACGGACUUCGAGUCGGGGAAUCCAGAACCUCCCACAUGGAGCCCCGGUCCAAGAAUGAGGAUGUUUUCCUGAACAUCGCCAGGACCGAUUCUGGCCGUCACGACUCGGUCGGCCGGUCAGAUUUCCGCCGAUCUCGGCUCGGAUAUUCCAGCCAGGGCCUGCGGUCGCCAACCACUCGCAUGGCCGACCAGCAGACCCCUUCCCCCGAUCAACGCCCAACCCAUGCCGACAGCCCCUUGCUUGCUCAGAAUAGCUCUCCUACAACCCCCUACUCCCCAGCUUCGGCCCACCCGCUAGAUGACCCAGGUCGCUUCCGCUAUUCGAGCCUGGGGUCUGGCGCACGAUCCACGAUUGGCAUGCCCCGAAGCCGGUUCAGUCGCACCAGCCCCGACACCUCUCCGCGCUCUCCUUCGAUCAACGGGGAACGACGGUCCUCCCUGCAUGAUCCCCGAUUACACCGCCAUUCCGCCUUGUCCACCGUUCGAAGUAGCCGACAGCCUUCUUCUGAAGUGACCGAGCGGGCUCGGGUUGACACUGAAAAAGCUCGGGCUGACGGAACAGAAUCUACAUUGUCCACGACUGCACCAUCGACUGUCUGGGACGAACUUGAGGACUUGAAGUCGCGGAUUCGCAAGCUGGAGCUUACCGGGAAACUACCCCCGUCCUCUCAAGCGGCGAUUUCUGGCACGAAUGAACGACCACGGACGGCAACCACCACCAUGACCACUUUAUCCUCCUCCCCCAAGCACCACCGGAAAGUCAGCACUCCGUCUGCAGAUGCCGAAAAUCCCACCGUCCAAAACCAAGUACAUCCGCUGUUGCAGUCUGCAUUGGCCAAGGCAAAGAGCGUCUUGAGCAGUGACGUGUUCGCCGCCCUAGAGGUGACGAUCACAGACGCCCUGGCCCUUUCGACCAUGUUGGGCGCCAACACUGCUCCGUCAGGCACCGUCUCUGUUGUGAAUGGCGGGUACAGCUCGGAACGACAUGCCCGCCGCAAGGCCGACAGUGUGUGUCGCAGCUUGACCGAACUUUGUCUGGCUUUGACGGAUGAGCAACUGAAAAGGAAAACAAGCGGGAGUCGUGACGCAGGCACGGCACAACCGAAUGGCACCGAGAACGAUUCGUUGGCACCUACCCCAUCCUACCAGCGAGGUGCCAGCCAUGAACCCGAAGGAGUUGAGCGGCGCCAGAGCACCAAUCGAAUUCCGAGUCGUCUUGAAGCGCGCAGAGCGUCCCUAGCCAACCCCAGCUCGAGCAGUACCGAACCCAAAACCCCCCAGAGCCCCAGCAUUCCUGCGCCAAGCAGUCGCCUGCAGCGCAUCUCGACCUCCAUCCGCAGUCGUAGGAUACCAGUGGACGAUGAACCCCCCGAAACUGGGACCCCGCACCGUCGUUCGCUCUCCCGAGCCAUAACAGAAGUCAGCACACCAGAUCCGACACCAGGGGUAUCUCUGCAACCGCGGUUCUCCCACAGACACUCGGCUUCUCGCUCCAUUUCGGGUGUACAGCAAGAUCAGGGCCUGGGCAUCUCACCUUGUUCUCCGCAAUAUCAAGUAUCGCAAUCAUCUGUGCAGCCGCAGCCGCAGCCUCGUACUCCCACCGCUCUGUCCUCCUCAAUCCCAUUCCGCCGAAGCUACAUGGCGCCUGCAACUUACACACCGGCCACCUCCCGCUCCAACAUCCAGGCGGGUUCUCGUCGCUAUGGACUCUCCCCCAAUUUCUCUCCAGCCGCCCAAAGCUCUGGACCAGAGGAUAGCCCUCGGUCCCCCCAACCAGAGCCCACACAGACCCGAAUCUCUGCCCCCUCGGGCAAGAUGGCUGCCAGCUACACACACAUCCAACAACCACGACUCCGAACUAACAGUCUGGGAGCACGUAGAUUCGGGCUACGACCCCGUGCCCCAGCCACACCCGAUGACACUGUCAACCUCGAUGAUAGCAUUGACUAA